AUGACAGCUAUCGGAAAAGGAUCGGUCAAGGCCGACGAUCAAGUCUGGGCUAAAGCCCAGCCACAUCAGCCAUUGAUGACGCCGCUGCGAGCUCAAAAAGGUUUGUGGAUUUCAAGUUUUCCGACGUCGUUUCCGGUGACUCCGGCUAUUGUUUCCGUCGAUCGAGGUGGAGGUUAG